CGAAGCUGGCAAAGAACCGGCCCGCAUCCUAUCAACCACUCUUCUCCUCAUCUCCCAUUCGCCGCUUCAUUCAUCGCCGAAUUUCGAACCCUUUUCCUUCCUGUUAUCGUCGCACUGUCACCUCUUCUGGGAAAUCGAGGAGGAGGAAUAAGAUGGCAGUGAACAGAGCGAGUGCGAGUUGUGGCCAUUGGGAGCAAAAGAUGGAGCCAGAACGCGCAGCAGAGGAGCAGCAGGGCGAUGACACCGGCACCGACGCUGCCGCCUCGAUCGGCGGUUGCUUUGACUGCAACAUCUGCCUCGACUUCGCCGCCGACCCGGUGGUGACCCUCUGCGGCCACCUCUACUGCUGGCCCUGCAUCUACCAGUGGCUGCAGCAGGACGACGGCGCUGCCCCGCGGCAGUGCCCGGUGUGCAAGGCCGUGCUCCUCCCGAGGAGCUUCGUCCCGCUCUACGGCCGCGGCAGCCACGUGCCCACCGCCGCUCACCGGAACCCGGCAUCAAGCGACGUGCCCCGUCGGCCCUCCUUUCGUCACGAGGCCACGGCCGUCAGACUACAGCAGCAGCAGCAGCGCCGUGUUCCGUCUCCGACUCCGCCGCCGCCGCUGCGGGCGAUGCACUCGACGUCGGUGGAGGUACUGUGGGGGAUGGCGGUGGCGGUGCUGCCGUGGGUGUGUCGUCGGGGCUACGAGAGCCCGUACGGCGGCGGGAGCGCGAGGGCGAGAAGGCGGGAGUUGGCGGUGGAGCGGACGCUGCACCACAUUUGGGUCUUCCUCUUCUGCUGCGUCAUGCUGUGCCUGUUCUUGUUCUGAGAGCACAACAACCCUCCAAUUUGCUCAGGCUUUUGUACAUUCACAACCAAAAAAAAAAACAAGCUGAAUCUAUCUAUAUGUUCAUCUUGAUGUAUCAAUCAAAUAUUAUGUUCUUGAUCCAGAAUUGGAUAGCCUUUCUCA